AUGAACCAAAAGAACCCAAUCGAUGAGUCCGCUUGUUCUUCAGAUCAAUUGGUUUCAUUUUCAGGGCCGCCGUUGACGGACCAGCUUGAAAAUCUCAGCCUUUAUCAGACCACCCACUUUCCACCUCUUUCAUUCGAUCCAAACGCAGGAAACGGGUACCGGAGUUUCAGCAGCUUGAAUUUUGCAGCAGUUAAACAUGAACAAUGUCAAGUGGAUUUCGAUUCUGCUUACUGUACUGAUGUAGAAAAUGCAGCAAAUUCUUCUGAAGCAGAGUCUAACUUUUUAUUCCGACCUCUUUUUGAUUCUCUCAUAGAUUCACAGAAUCUCCCAAGGGAAGCCGCGUUCAGCUUGCCGGAGAACACCUUUUUCGCCGGGCAUAUGAGGAAGGUUUCCAGCACUGGCGACUUAGUGAAUAUGAGAAACGAGAGUGGCAACCAAAGGUCAAAUCCAAGCACAUUAACAGUAGAGAACUCGUUAAUGGAGGAAGCGCCGUUCAAAGUGGGGCGAUACAACCCAGAAGAGAGACAAGAGAGGAUUUCAAAGUACAGAGCAAAGCGUAAUCUAAGGAACUUCAACAAAACAAUUAAGUAUGCAUGCCGGAAAACACUGGCAGACAACCGUCCCCGUAUACGUGGCAGAUUCACCCGCAACGAUGAAAACGUGGACAUCCCCAAAGCAUCAUGGUUGCAUGAGGUGGAGGAUGAGAUAUUGUAG